UCAAACUUCAAUCCACUGCUCUCCUCUCGCUUUAUCUUUAUCGUCACUCUUUUAACUCCCGAUUCAAGGACAACAACGUUUCGACAUCAUCGUCAACUUUAAUAGUAAUUAAGUUUUGCAACAUUUGUGACGAUACAACGACAAAGAUAAGGUUUUAUCCGAUUUUCACCCAAAAGGAGGAAGGAGUGCAAGAUAUCCUUGAAUAUUUCUGACUCGGCGACGGAUCGAUCGACACUUGAAAGAUUGCCGUUUCUUCUCCUGCAUCUGAAGUGUUGUUGAUCUUUGACAACGAAGAGGAUACGACGACGCGCUGAAUAGGUUUUGGUUCUCGGAUUGAAAUUGAAUUAAGAAAGGCAGCCGGAUUCUCGAUUUCUCUCAAUGCUCAUUCAGCACUCUGAGCUAAUUAAUUCAUAAUUCAUAAUUCACGGUCACCUGCCUGCCUCACUUCUCCGCACCCAAUUUUCCAAUCUUCUCUCCUUCUUCCACUUCAAAGCAGAGGAAAAACUCUUUCAAGAGUAGAAUUGGAAUAAUCCAAGGAAAGAAGGAACGGAGAGCAGAGCAGCAAAGUUUUCAUUCUGCUGAGACGACACGACGUACAUAAUAACUUGAGAAAGAAAGAGAAAAGAACUUUCUUCUCUCUCCCAUCUCUUCCACCAAGGAAAAGAUCCCACACCACCACCACCACCAGCGUCAAUACCUACGAAAGAAGAAAGUAUAGACAGUGUUGCUAUUAUACAGACAGACCGGGUGGCAUCACGAGAGGAAAAGAGAGAUAGUGGAAUUUAUUUUUGAGAAGACCAAGAAACGGGUCUGCCGAAGUAAAGUCACGUCGUCUUUCUUUCCCCAACCAACAACUAUCUGGCCAACAAACUGCUUUCCCCCAUCAGACUGCUCAUGCUCCAGUCAGUCGAACUCUCUUCUCAACCUCGAACUCGUCGAGGCUUCCUUUUCGUUGUUAUUACACCAAGCUAACCAGUUCUGUAAAAGAAGUAGGAUCGACUAGUUGUUGUUGGAAUACUGCUCCGCUACACGCUCCUCGCCUAUCUCUCUCUCCUCUGUAAAACUGCAUUUCAUUGCUACAUAUUGCAUUCAGCCGUCACACACACACACAGCUCCGUUCUCCGUUAUAUACGCAAGUUAAACUCAUAAUCCAGCAGAAGAAUUCGAUUCAUUCGAUUUAGUUUGUGCUUGCAUAGAAGAUAGUUUUUCCAAGUCUUCUCUAUCUUCUCGAGUUUUUGUAUCAACAAAUCCCUUUGCAAACAGUAAUGUGUUUGCUCACCAAUUGUCAGGACCACCUACCAAAGCUGUCGGAAUCUCAUUUUCGUUCCGAGUAAUGUGAAAGUUUUGAUAAAAGAGACAAAAGAACCAUUAUCACUAAAAGAAGAAGACGUAACUGAGAAAAACAAAUCUACACCCGACGUUUCUUGACCGAAUCUCAGUUUCCUCAAUUAUACAUGCAUACAAGCACCGAAUAAUAAUAAUAACAGUUUACAUACAUCCAACAAGUUGUAUUACAACGAGAGAAAUUCAUCAGCUGUGAUAAUAAAAAAAGUGUGUGUGCUUUUGAAAUACACAAAGUGGGAAAGAAAAGUUUUUAAAAAGAGAGGUGACAUUGUUGUUUGAGUCAUCAUUAUUGUAAUCACCGGGAUAAAGAAAAACUUGUUGUUGGACAGAUCAGGAUGAAUAUGAACAACAUGGCGAUGGUCAAUGUGAAUAACUUGCUUAACAUAAAGGACUCCCGUUGGCUUCAGUUGGAAGUUUGCAGAGAAUUCCAGAGAAAUAAGUGUACCCGACCAGACACUGAAUGCAAAUUCGCACAUCCCCCACCCAACGUGGAAGUGCAGAAUGGAAGAGUAACCGCAUGCUACGACAGCAUCAAGGGUCGAUGCAACCGAGAAAAGCCACCAUGCAAAUACUUCCAUCCUCCCCUUCACCUGAAAGACCAAUUAUUGAUCAAUGGUCGCAAUCACCUCGCCCUGAAAAAUGCACUGAUGCAGCAAAUGGGUUUGGCCCCAGGUCAGGCCGUCGUCCCUGGACAAGUUCCUCCCGUUCAGGCAGCCAACCCAUAUCUUGGCGUGACUGGACAAGGAUACAAUCCAUACUUCGCCACAGGCCCUCUGGUCCCUCUGGUGACGUCUGACCCAUCGGGAGGAGUUUCCCCUCUCGGCGUUCCACAACAGACCGUUCUCCAACAGAAAGUUUCACGUGGCGACAGACUGGAUGUAAGUCAAAGUCUUUGGGCCAACAAUAAUAUCCAUUAUGGAUAUUGUAUCGAAGAGAGCUACCCUGGUAUGGUUACCUACAAGCGUCCUGCGGACAAGAGUGGUGUGUAUCAACCGGCCAACAACCCCUCAGCAGCCGCAUACCAACAGUUGAUGCAGUUGCAACAGCCAUUCGUGCCUGUUUCUUCCACUGUCCCGCAAGCAGCAGUGUCUGCCGCAUCAGCCAUCACUUCGGGAGGAGUCCCCAUUUCCUCCAGCACUCAAGAUCAGCAACAAACUAACGGUACGCUGGACUCUAAUGCUUUGGGAAAUGACGUAAAGCGUGAACGUAUGCCCGACUCUUCAGAUGAAAAUAACGACGUUGAUGGGAAUAAUUUAGGGGGAGGAGUCAAUAAUUCCAACAACGAGGUUGACGAAGAUGUUAAAGAAUCUUCUGUCAAACGAAUGCGUACUGCAAAUAACGCCGCAGGGAAUGGUCUCAGUCCCGCUGUCGGAGGUGCUCUGUCAAACAAUGCUGCUGUAAUUGCACAGAACAAUUCGGCUUACGCCGCUGCCGCGCAGAGUUACCAUAAUGCACUGGCAGCCAUUAAUUACACUGGGGCCCCGUUGGCAUUGCAAGCUAAUAAAAAUCCUCAACCUCCCCCUAAUCCUGCAAGUUACCCUGGUGCAAAUCCAUUACAAGGUUCUAUUCAGGCUGGGGGCAUACCCCAACAGCAGCAACAGUUUUUGGCUCAGUAUCAGGCAAUGUUAACCGCUUUCGCCACAAACCCUGCCGCUCUCCAAGGUCAGUUUAACGCACAAGCUGCAGCAAAUGCAGCCGUAGGUCAGCAACAGCAGCAGCAACAACAACAGAGUUUUCAACAGAGUAUUGCAGCAUCUCAGGGACAACUUAACCCAGCUUUUGCUGCUGUAGCUGCCAUGAAUCCAUUGUUAGCCGCGUCCUUCCCCCAACUGGCUGCCCAACAGAGGGCAAAUAUGAUGGCAAGUCAUCAACAGGGAGGCGCGGCUGCUGCUGCACUACAGAGUGCGCAGCUUAAUCAGUUAGCCGCUGCAGGAAUCCCCACUUCCAAUCUUCAGUUUAAUCACUUGAUGGGGAUGCAGUUUGCGAAUCAGGCCGCUGCAGCUGCGGGGGGACUUCCCCUUCAGCAAAAUCAGCAAGCUCUUUUAGCUGCGUAUGGUCAGAUUGGAAGGGGUCCCAUGCCAGUGGUGACUGGCGCUCAGACGAUGGGGUCGCAACAACUUUUUAAUCCUGCAGCGGCCGCGGCCGCAGCUUUGGCGAGUAAUGGGGGGUUGCAGGGAGGCGUUAAGAGAAUGAGACCCACCUAGAAAUUCAAGUUAGAAAGGUUAAAAGAACGUUACAAAAAAGGACUGUAAUAUUUUUGACGUUGAAAUGAGUACAUACAUAGAAAAUUAUUGGUAGCAGACAGAAUAGUGUAUAGAAAGUGAAAGUACUACUAUAUAUGAGUAAAUGACUAUAAAGCGUCGGUCUAAUAAGCUUAGGAUAGGAUAAGGUCAGAUUAUUAUCAUUAGUUUCAGUAAGUGUUAAAAUAACCGUGUUUUAUGCGCGCUAAUUUUGUUGCUAAUAAGCUGUAUGCUUUUCAUUUCAAGCUAUUUACAUAGUUUGCAUACUGCAGUAGUAACGAAGCGUUGAGUGGUUGGCAAAAAUAGUUUGCCUAAAAUAUCUUUCUAUUAUAUAAUUUAGGAUUAUGAAAUUAAAAAUACAAGGUUAAAUAUCGUUAAACAAGACUGGCUAUUUGGGUUAGGCAGAUUUUCAAAAUUAUUAAAAGUACUCUUGUUGGUCUUGUUUUUGACGCAAAAUAAUUGUAGUUUGUGACCCUUGUAUUUCAAUUUAGUAGAUUAUACUUUUGUUUUUGCUUUGUUUAUAGUUUAAUGAUUAUUGUAUUGUAUUCCUACCUACACUAAUUAAUCCAUUUAUCCUUCACCUACCACAAUUGACAAAACUCUGGCUAAAAUUAUUUACAUGCGUAGUAAUUGUAUGUAUGUAUGAGAAGAUGACGAAAUUCUGCUUAGCUCUAUCUCUGUAUAAGAAAAAAAAUCUUGACUGUAAAUACACAUUCCAAUUAUUCCAGUUUUAUUGUUCCAUCUUAAUUGUUGUAGUUUACAUAAGUAGCUUGUUAAAUAUGUUAUCUAUCUGUUUUGGUGUUUACUGCUUACAUAAUACUUACUAUUAAUAAAUGAUAGUGCUAAAUCUCAAUUAAACUUGAUGCUUUAUGCAGUUUAAUGGGAACGCAGUUAUUAUGCAGUGGUCUUGUCUUUGUGGUUUUUGGUAAUGUGCAUUUAUUACCCCGUCAUUAUUAUUAUUAUGCUUUAUCACUUGAUUGCAUCCUUUUGGCUAUUAAUAAAAAGUAAUUGGCUGGCAUGUUCUGAGAGAAGAGCAACAUAAAUAUUUUGCAUUCAAAGGACGGAUUUAUUUUAUUUGGCUGACUUGCUUCUCACGCUCUGAUCUGAUCAACGUUUGGGCCGGAUUGUGAACAUGAGAGGACCGUUCUUGUAUCCAAUGAAGUGACGACGACGUAUAUCUAUUUGUAAGGACAACGAUGACCAUAUCUUCUGGUUUGAUAUUGACCACCACCACCUAUUAAAAACAUCUAUGGAAUGAUGCCCCCUCAUUGCUAUCUAUCAACACCAUUUACAUUUAUUCCUUACAGCUUCAUUCUCAUCUCGGCUAAAUUGCUUUAUACUCGAUAAAUAUAAAGCUGUCUGCUUUUAUGAUUGUUUUUUUUACAAGAUCUUACUCAGGCGAGAAAAGGUUUGAGUUUAGCCAGAAUAUGUAACAUCAUCAGACAAGGGUAGGAAAGAAAAAGUGAUAGGACAAAACAUAUAAGACUUCUAACUGGGUAUAGAAAGUUGAUAAGUAAGGAAAAAGAACAUGGUAAUGCGAUAAUGCACCACAUCCACCUCCUCCUAAAUAAAAUAUCCGAAAUUCACUCCUUCCAUUUCCACAUAUGCAAAAAAGAAUAACGUAAUAAUAAAAACAUGCUUUGAUGUUGGCAAAAAUAUCUUUUUUGCAUUAUAUAAUCUCCGCUUUAUUCCCCCUCUUCCCUCCCUCCUUGUGUGUAAUCAAAACAAAACGGCCACAAGGCAGCCUCUGACGACUACUAAACUGACUGCUUUGAGAAUUUAUAAAACCAAAAUAUUUGUGUAUGUAUAAACAAAAACCUGUAAACGAAUGUGUUAAGAUAUGAAAUUUUUUGAAAUUCUGCUGCAAUGCCACCACACCAAUAAGCCUCCGCCACUGCAAGUAAUUUGUAUUGUGCAAAAGUUAUUAUAUUGUUCUUCAAUCUGACUUGACCCUCCUGUAAAGCUUGAUUUUUUAGCACUUUUCUCUAAAAUAAUUGUGAUAGCGUUAUUAUUACCUAUAUAUUUAAUAACAUUUAACCAACUUUUUGGCAUACUUUAUAAAAAAAUACUACUAAAAGCCAGCAUAAUAUAACUGUCAAAGUUUUUUGUAGAGUUAUGUAUAAGCUAUUUUAGACUGUCAAGUUAUUUUGUGUUUGGAUUUUUGACUUUAUGUUGUUAUCUAAGCAUUUUAUGAUUAUCGUCUUGCAUAGCUUUUUAUAUAAAUAUGAUACGUAUUUAGUACACAUGAGACUGUAUGCCAACUCUCGUACAUAUGACACGUAUAUGUAUAUUCACAUAUGCAUAUAUUGUCGCUGACUGAUUUAAAAUGGAAAUCAGUUUUAAUUUGACACUGGAAAUUUUUGCACUAAUUGUUAUCGUUAUUGGGUGUCUGCCUGACAGCGAGGGCUAAAUGCAGCACCCAUUUUUUGCCGACUUGAAUCUCUCUCUCGUUCCUGAUUCGUACUAUAUAAAAAACCAUGCUAUGCAAGAUGACAAAUUCAAAUAUUUAUACAACAUACGACUACUAAGCUACAUAAAGAUAUGGAUAAUAUGUAACUUUUUUAGGGUUAUAGAAUUUCCUCCUAUAGCUUAUUUUACUGGAAGAUUUGCUUGACUUGUAUUUGGAAAUUUGUAUUUACAGCCUUAUGCUUUUACAAUGCUGAUUAAUUACUAUAUAGCUUGUUUAGACUUUUGACGUGUACGGUACGGACGGAUGAUCUGUCUGUACGAUUUUAUGCUGUCUUUUACUACUAAAAAAUCACAUUUUAUUUUUAAUUUUAAGUUUUGUUUUUUGUGUGUUCUUGUUAUAUGCUAAAUAUUUACAUAAAUACGAGGACAGAGACAGAAUUUUUAGAAUUUUAUUUGUCGUAGGUUUUAAAAAAUGACGAAAGAUUUUAACAAUUCCAGAACGUAGUGUAAAGAAUAAUGGAGCUGAACUACUCCUCUUUUAGAGAUCAAUGGUCGUAAUUAGAAAUAUUUUUAAAAACAGUGACGAGAUUUGUGUAGUAUACUGUGAAACGUAGUGGGUUUUUAGAGAAAAGUUUAAGAAUUUUAUUAUGAUUAUUCCAACAAAAUAUGAGUGUUGUUGUUGUAAGAGUUACAGUUAUGAUUUUAAAUGUGUACUGAGAUUUUAGUGUUAAGCUAUAAGAGAGCAUGUAUAUAAAAAGUAAAUUUUAACAAGUUGAUUGAA